UUUUUAAUUAUUUAUUAUUUCCGAUUAGUGAUCCAGCUACGAUCCGUUUAACCCUUUUAUAACCCUUCACUCUUCCAUUUUUUUCUACAUUCAAUUUCUUCAGCUCCUACUGUGGCUGUAUCCAAUUAUUUUCCCUCCCUUUUCGAAAUUAAUUUGUUCUGAAAAAUUUGCUGAUCCGUUGUGAUUAUUUGCGGCGAUGGCGAGUGAAGAAUUUCAGGCUCAGCCUCCGGUGCCGGCUGCGCCGCCCACUUUGCCUCCGUAUCCAGAGAUGAUUAUGGCUGCAAUUGAAGCGUUGAGCGAGGAAAGCGGAUCUAACAAAUCGUCAAUUUCGAAGCAAAUCGAAGCUACCUACGGAAACCUACCUCCGGCACACACCACACUCAUCACCCACCACCUCAACCGGAUGAAAUCUUCCGGCCAGCUCCUCUUCGUCAAGAACAACUACCUCAAACCCGGCCCCAAUUCCCCUCCUCGCCGCGGCCGAGGUCGCCCACCAAAGCCCAAAUCCUCUCCGCCGCCACGCGCCGCCCUUGCGCCUCCGCGCCCCCGCGGCCGGCCCCCCAAAUCCCGUGACCCAACCGCACCUCCACCGCCGCCUAAACCCAAGGCCGCCACAACAAGUACCGCUCCGACUCUUUCUGGGAAAAAACGCGGCCGGCCUCCAAAGUCUGCCGUUGCAAGUGCGGCGCCGCCGCCGCCUCCGCCUGCCGCCGCUGGAGGUGUAGCUCGCGGGCGUGGAAGGCCGCCUAAAGAGAAACCAGCUGCGACUGCUCCCGUAGGGGCUUAAUUGAAAGAAAUGAAAUAGUUUAGGGGGUUUAGUGGUAAUAUGUUGUUUAUGGUUAUUUAUUUAUGGGUCCUUGUAGUUUGAGUUAAUUUUAAUUUAGGACGGUGAUUGUGAUUGGUCAAGUUGAUGGUUGUUGUAACUUUGGAUGUAUAUUUAAUUGAAUUGAGAGGCUGAAAUGAUAUGGGAUUCUCCUGCCUUAAUUAGGAAAUUAAAAAAGAAAUUGCUU